AUGCCAGCUGUCAACGAAGAACUAGUUCCUCUCUUAGUGCCACCAAUUCACAGAACCGACUUACCCUCACAAGUUCAAUGUCCACAACCAACAACAAGUCCUUCUCUUCAAUGGACACCUGGCUGUACCUCCAUUCCCAUUCUAAAUUCGAUCAACAACAUUCAAAAGAUUUUCUCCACCUCCUAUUCCAGAACUCUAAGGACACGUUUAAACAGUGAUUCUUUUCCACAACAUCUCAUAAACUCAUCAUUUGGUGCCACCAUCGGAAGCUCUCUUUCCACAAGUUUGAACGAAAUGAAUCAAACUUUGGACGCUUAUUAUGAACGAGUUCAACAAGCUCAAUCGCAGUUCAAACUCUUAUGGCUCCUCUUCGUUCUGAUCUUUCUUCUCACUUUUGGUCUCGGAAUCAUCUUGGUGAUUAUCUUGUCCUAUUAUUUCACUCAUCACAUGAAUCAACGGUUGAGCGAUCAAUUCGUUCGUGAAGUGAAACCCAAACUGAAACAAAUUCUUGAAAGAGAAAAUGUAAAAUUGAAGAGAGUUGGUUUGGAAUUAGUGGGCCAGCAUAAGAGAGUGCCAUUCGUUUCGAGUGGGAGAAAUCCUAGAGGGAGAAGAAGAAGAGAAAACACAUGGUUUGCUGAUGUCUAUGAAAUUGAACUCUUUAGCAAUUUGUGGAAUAGCCAGAACGCCAAUGUUGUGGUAAUUUCUAAUAUCGGAAGCAAUGACAUGUUGUCUUUGGCUCAUUCGGACUCUUAUUAUCAACAAUAA